AUUGUCAAAUUGAAAGAUUGCCCAAUUUGAAAAAUUAAAGAUAAUUCUGGAAGGUCCAAAGCCGAAAAUAGAAAAUGCUCGCCUUCACAAUAAAUCAAUGAACUGGUUGGUUUUUGAAAGGCUAAAUUGAAUAAAUAAUCCAAUCACAUGACAAAAUAAUUAUAUGGGAAAAUGUUACAGGCUAUACCCAUUAAUAAAAGUUGUUUAGUGAGACCCACAACUUGUUUUUUAACAGUGUAUUGACCAUUUUGAAUGACUUCACAGCGGGGAAACUUGCUGUGCGUUUAGCAGCUUUGCCAUUUUUGAACUAAUAGUGUUGUCGUAUUAGUACAUUGUUUGCCUUCCAUAAAUUAAUCACGAGGCAAACACGUUUUUAAAAAAAAACGCGCAACUUUUACUUUGAAGGGGAAAUCGUGCGCUUUCCGACUCUAGACUCUCUUCCCCAACUCUUCUUGGCGUGAAUUUAUGUAAGAUUGCAUUGCACGUGUUUUUACAAUAGAACGAAUGAAUCGAGUCUAUUUCUCUAAACUGACAUUCGAGAAUCCCGUCGGUCUGCCAUGGCAACCCGCAAACUAAUGCUUCCUUUCAAAAAGCUGGUAAGAAAUAAACCACCGGCGGCCCGUAGAGAAAGCAACACACCCGACAACACGAUGCCGUGGGGAAGGUCUCGCGUGACAGCCACUCCGAAACCCUUCGUGGGUGCGUUUGCGCCGUUCCCGCGCUCCACGUGGAUUCACGCUCACGUCCCGCAGGACAACUACGACCGCAUCUGCAAAGUGAUCUGGAGAACCGCAAAUGAGGCCCAGGAGGAGUUUGGUUCACCUGAGAAGCAGAGGAAUAAAGAGUGCAGGCUACUGGACAACAAACCAUGUCAUCGGGCCAAGGAGCAGAAGAAGAAGGAGGCGGAUGACUUUGGUCUGAGCACACGCUAUGAGGAGGACACGCAGCAAUACCACACAGCCUUCACACUUCCUUGCCCUCGCCUCUCAGGCCACGGCGCUCCCCGUGUGGCCCAGCCGGCACGGGAACUGAAGCCUGUGAUGGAAAAAGAGAUGAAACGAGCCGAGGAGGCAAGGGGGAACACUCAUUUGUCACGUCGGGAGGAAGAUGCGGGAGAUGGAAAAAGUAGUGUGUCAUAUCACGUUAAGUGGAUCUUGGUCCCCGAAUCCACCAGCAGAGAAAACAAUCAAAGCUCUGAACCUCAACCUCAACCUCCGGGGCCGAACCCAGUCGGCUCUGCCGCCGCGGACCGAACAAUGCCCCCUGAGGAUGAUGACGAUCCUCGGGAGGCCACGUGCGAAGGCGAAGGUGUGGAGGACGCGAGUGGCAGCUGCGACAGCGACUCUAGCGAGGAUGAGGACUUUGUAAGCCCACCCGGGGGGAGAAGCCACGGCACGGACAACAGCCGUAGUGAAUCAGAGAGUGAAAACGACAGCGACGGAGAGAUGCAUGAGAUCUUGCACUCCUUUGAUGGAUCAACCUCCAACAGCGAGCAGGAUUCCCUGUACUCCUGCACAGAGGAGGACUUCCCGCCCCUAUCCACCGCAAGGCCCGGCAUCCCACGUCGUCCCGCGGAGCCGCCAGCCUCGGGGAAGGUGCCGAGCGACUGGGAGAUUCCCCUUUCAUUCUGGGCCCCACACGGCGUCCCCGCCGCCACUUUGGCGAGCUGCCCGAACGCCCGCGCCCGCGCCGCCAUCCGAGGCAAAGCACAAGCACCUGCGGCGGGCUCUCUGAUCAGCGCACCAGCGGCAGCGGCAGCGGCAGCGGCAGCGGUAGCGGCAGCGGCAGCGGUAGCGGCAGCGGCAGCACCAGCAGCCGCCCCGAAAGAGCAGGCUUAUGACCUGCUGGCGGACUUCCCGGCUCUGCAGCCCCCAGAGAAACCUUUAGCACCGGGCGCGUGGCGUGAUGGGAGCAGGGGCCGCGCGCGCACAAAAGUCCCAUGCCAAGAAAGAGGGGGUCCCCGUCGGGGGGAAAUUCAAAUCGUGCCCCUCGAGGUCUUCUCCAUCUGCACACGAGAUCAGAAAGCCGCAGGCACGUCUCGUGCCGUCAGCGGUGGGGAACUGAAGGCCGCCAACCAGCCGCCUCCUGGAGGUACAGAUGGCGUGGACACUAAUGCCAGGUCCUGGGCCAGCGCUGCCAAGGUGGGCCUGGAGCAAGCAGCUGCCCCCCCCAGGAGAAGGCCAGACCUCGUACCCUUCAGCAGAUAGUUACCAUUAACAGAGCCAAAGGCCAAGGGAACAAGGGCUGAACUCGGCGUCAAUUGUGUUCGUGCAAGACGCAACCGGAUAACGACAACUCACUAGACUUUGUUAUUUGCCCCUUGCUACCAAACCUAACAAAUGUGUGCAUCACCCUUUUGGUACCCUUUUUUGGUUAAUUUACUGCUUCUACGGCACUGAGCCAGUGAGAUUCAUCAAGUGAGGGGGAGGCAAAGGACUCAGCCGACACCGGUCGGUGGUUUGGCCCAUUAGUGAGCGUAUGCCUGCUCUGCACACACAAGUGAGGCCCCUAAAUAAAAAAUGCAAACUAUAUGCACUUUGCAAAUGAAUUGAGUGAUGCGUAGUAAUAACAAAAUCUCAUUGUACUUUGGUGAUAGUGAAAUGGCGAUUAUUCAACAGUGCAGUCCUUUUUUCGCCAGCGGACCUUCUCAUACAUAAUGCAUCCAAAUCAUUGCAUUUUUCCUCCAUUCGGGGCUACAAUGCAUAUUUCAUCAAGGCGGUGAAAUAUUAAGCACUCUUACGAUUUGAUAUUCUCUUCUAAAGGGGGAUUUCAGUUUAUAUAUUUCCUUCACAUCACUGGUGUCUCCUCUGGGACCAAACUUCCGGGGGGGAUGUCUUUAUUUGGCAUGUUUGUUUAUCGGAGAGACGUCUGAUUGGUUGAUGCUGGAGUAAUGAUCAAUGAGCCAACCAAUCAAUUCCAGAGAUUAUCAAGGCUCAGAGGCCAUUGAUCUAUAAGUGGGCUCAGUGCUGAAUGGCAGGUUGGCCUCACGCCAACUGAUUUGGUUGAAAUUAGAGAGUCUCAAACUGUGCAGAGUCUCUGCCUCCGUGGCAAUCAAAUGUUCAAAAAAUUGGAGAGAGAGAGAUGAGUAAGGAACAUUACCACGUGAAUGGGAAAGCAAAGGUCUGCGUUUUACCCUUCAAACAUUUUAGAAUGAAUGAAUGACAAUGUUUUUGAAAUUUUUACCACUGAAGGAGUUACUCCGCUGUAUUUUCAUUGUGAUGUAUUGUCACAAAAUUAUCUUAAAGUUAUCGGAUCCCAUUUAAUCUGAAUAUUAAAUCUGUUCUUUGAUAAAUGUGAAAAGUGUAAAGGUUUUUGGAGGAUCUGGUGCAAUUGUGACAUUUGAUUUUUGUCAUUUAGGAAGCUUAACAAGUGAUGUUACUUAUAGACCUGUGCAGCUGAGAGAACGGAUUUCAGGGAAACUGCUUACCGCACUGCCUACUCUCAAGUAAUAACACGUUAUUUAAAAUGCUAAAAGAAAUAGCAAAUAUUUGUUUUACAUAAGAAAACUG